UCACCACGCCCUCUCCCACUUGACUAGAUUCUUCUCAAAAUUGUAGCAUGCUUGAAUUGACUUUUUUUUUUUUGGGCUCCUGACAGGGAUAUGAGAUGCUGCAAAAGAUGGAGCCCGUCAUUAACCAGGUUUGCUGUGGGAAUUACUUUCUUUGCAACUUACUGGACACGUUCUUUUUGAAUCGACCUUUCCCUCCAACCAAUGUGAUUAUCCCAUGCAUCGACUUCCUUGGGCCACCCUCAUUCAUUCCAUGCAUUGAUCAUUUGAAUACAACUGAAUACUGUGAUUCCACUGACUAAAAGUUUUCUUCUUUUAUUUCGUCCUUUGGCUGGGGAGGGGAUGAUAUAAUUGGAUUCAUCUACGAUCACAAGAAUGUGCACAGGCAGAGGAAAGAUAUGGCCACAGUCAAAACACCCCCAGCUUCUAAAAAGGAGCAUUACAAGCCCCCCCAAACAAGAAAACGAAGAACCACUCUGCCAAAUCCCUCGUUAUCUCUGCAGACGAAAAAUGCCUUUGUUCAUCUUCCUCACUACAGAAUCAUAUGAGCUAUAGGACCUCCGCUGAGCAAACCUUGCUUAAUAUUGUCCCUGAUUGAAGGGAAAAGAGGGAAAUGGAGGGAGACUAGUCGUUUUUGAAAGUUCGUUAGGGAAGUGGGAUUCCACCAUUUCCCUCCAUAAAGGAAAUCCUACCUCUCCCUUACUAACAACUCUCAUACAUAAAGAUCAUUUUCAUCCUUCUCGUCCACACCCUCUUCUUCUCCUCUAGUGCUUCUGUUUAGAAUAGCAACAACAAGCCAAGCCAAGCCAAGCGAGACGCUAGCAAUAUGCUCGGCAUUCCAAGUUGCAAUGAAUCGUUGCACUCCCAGAAGGGGUCGAAUUGGGUGACAGUGUUGACAGUUUCUUCCAGAAGAUUCUGAAGUUGGAAUUAUGUUAAAAUUGGAGCUUUUGCGCUUGCAGAUGUUGGCUUCUGCUCAGCAGUCCAGAGAGAGCUGCAAUUAUGAGCAGGCAGCUCUCAUUGAAAGGAUGCACAAGUGCAAACACCAAAUUGAUCGAGAGAGCAAGCUAUCACGAGAUGUCCUUAAUAGUUGCGUCAAGGGAGAUACCAUGCAGACUUAUUCUCGGAAUUCACCUGAAGUGACUGCAGCAGUGAAAGGAACUAUUGCAACCGGAAAGCUCUGUAAUAGACUCAGGCUCUGUACCACUAUUCAGGUUCAAAUCAUUCGACAAGGAUAUCUUUCAAAACGUUCCUCAAAUUUGAGAGGUGACUGGAAGAGAAGGUUCUUUGUCCUUGAUAGUCAAGGAAUGCUACGUUACUAUCGCAAGCCAUGGAGCUGCACUGCUGUUGCUGGGAGUCCAUCCUGCAUCCAGAGAAAUAUUGGACCUGAGAAUGGACCUCGUCCUCUAACCCGAUGGCUCUCGUCUCAUUACCAUGGUAGUGGACACGACGAGAAGUCUGGUCCACACCACACUGUUAACCUCAUGACGUCUGCAAUAAAGAUCGAUGCAGAUGAGACGGACUUGAGGUUCUGCUUUAGAAUCAUCUCACCUUCUAAAAGCUACGCUCUGCAGGCUGAGAAUGCACUGGACCAAAUGGACUGGAUUGAAAAGAUAUCAGGGGUUAUAACUUCCUUGCUGAGUUUCCAGGCAACUGAGGGGCUUGUGCCUGCUUCCGCGGAAUCUGGUUCAAUCACAGGUGGAGCAACUGACAAGUAUUUGAGGAGCUCCCAUGAGGCUGAUGAAGUGGGAAGGACAGUUGACUGGGGGCAUAGACAUGCAACUGAUAGUAGUACUGGGCGCAACCCCCACGUCUCAACAAGCCUAUCACAGAGCUCUACUUCCAUGAGUCCUCCUCGAUUGCAAUCGAGUGGAAAGGCUGCUGAUGUGCUGAGAUCUGUACGUGGAAAUGACAGAUGCGCCGACUGUGGGGCAACUGGACCCGACUGGGCGUCUCUCAACCUCGGAAUACUCAUUUGCAUAGAGUGCUCUGGCAUCCAUCGGAAUCUCGGCGUGCAUAUCUCAAAGGUGAGAUCGCUGACUCUGGAUGUUAAAGUGUGGGAACCGUCUGUGAUAACUCUGUUUGAGUCACUGGGCAACGCCUAUGCAAACUCAAUCUGGGAGGAUUUAUUGCACCCAGCAGCUUCUCCUCCUCCGCCCAUUCCUCCCAAUGCUAGUGAUGGCACCUCUAUUGGGAGUAAACCUUUCCACAUAAGAAAACCGACCCCCGGUGAUCCUAUCACAGUGAAGGAAAUGUACAUCAUUGCAAAGUACGCAGAAAAAUUAUUUCUUCAAAAGGCCAAGGACAACAAAGAAAUGAUCAUGCUGGCUAAGAAAAUCUGGGAGGGUGUCCGGGCUAAUGACAAGAAAGCAGUGUAUCGUCAUGUCAUCAACUCGGGAAUGGAUGUCAACUCCAUCCAUGGCCAGGUGCCUAGCUGUUCAUCAGCAGCAUCUUUUCUGGCUCUGGAUGAAGCGAUGCUGUGUGAGAAGAUCGUUUAUGAUGGUGAACAACUAGGCUUAUCUUCUAAAGGAGGAAAGGCACGGCCUUCACCAAACUCGAAGCGGCACCAAUGGGAUCAUCGUGUGCAGGAAAGUCAUGAUGAUCUGGGCGAUCAUGGCUUGCUGCUUCAUCUUGCUUGCCAGACUGAGACAGCAGACAUUGGGAUGGUAGAGCUGUUAUUGCAGUAUGGUGCGAACGUGAACGCUUCUGACUCCAAGGGCAGGACACCCCUCCAUCAUUGCAUUAUCAGGCAGAGGACUGCCAUCGCGAAGUUGCUUCUCGACAGGGGAGCAAGUCCGAGAGCAAUAGACAGAGAAGGCGUGACUCCACUGCAGCUUGCCGCGGAAUCAGCCUUUGAUGAUUCCGAGGUCCUUGCUCUCUUAGCAGACACCAACAUUAGUAGAUAACAACAAAUAUCCAGUGGGCUAGCUGGCCAGAGGCUACUUCUUUCCUGUAGUUCCAGAAGAGCAGAGCAGGAAUUGGCCAUCUACAUAAGAGAGGAAAUGGACCAAUUCAUGGUUGGGACGUAAAGAGAAACUGGAAUGGCAAGUGCUUCCACAUUGAUGGGCUCAUUGGCAACAAAUAUAUAAUUUAGCUCUACGUUUAUGUAUGUAUAUCCAUAUAGCUAGCACUGGGCCGAUUUUAUAAUCUGCUCAUUGCCUUCGCCCCGUGGGACGUCCUGGUAUUUGGUUUAGGGUCCGUCUAACAUGAGAACAAGUCGUGAUAACAAAUUCGGUAUUUUUUUUAUUCAAGUAUUUCAUAUUUUAAUUCAAAUAAUUAGUACUUUUAAUAUU